GCUCAUGGUCACAUGACUUUCUGCUCUCUGCAAUGGAUGGAGAUGGAUCUCCACGUCACCUCACUGCUCAAAAUUUGUACUCGGCGAUUGCGCUCCAAACCCACUAGAGCUCUGCUCGGCACAACGAUGUGAAGCAGGACCGGCGCUUUGGUACGGGCCAUUAGAUGAUGGAUUAUGAUGAGCGCGUGCCCGUUGGUUCUAAUAUGUAUUUACCUAACUGCACUUACUACGUUUCUGGAACGGACUUUUCCAGCCUUCCUCCUUUUCUGCCCCAGACCCCGUCUACUUGCCCCAUGACAUACUCCUACUCAUCGUCUAGUCUGCCCCAGGUUCAGUCCGUCCGAGAGGUAGCGUUCAGAGACUAUGCCAUUGACCCUGCCAGCAAGUGGCACCACCGGGCCAAUCUGCCACAUUGCUACGCGCCAGAAGACAUUGUGCACCGAGACUGUCUUCCGAACCCCGGGACUUUAGGGGACAUGUUCUCGAAAAACAGCUCGGCUGUUUACCACUCGGGUUCCGGACAUGCUUCCGGCGUGUAUGGCAGCGUCGGAAGGAACGGAGUUUUGCCCCAAGCUUUUGAUCAGUUUUUCGAAACGGCUUACGGCAACGUGGAUAAUCAUAGCAUCGAGCAGGCAGCGAGCAGAUCUAGCAGCAAUAAAGCCCCUCCAGCAGCUGCGGCAGCACUAAGCUCGGGGACAGAGCCAUGCCGAGACCUCGAGGACGCAGAUCGCCGCGAGGAGACCAGCAGUCCCGAAUCGUCUUCCGGCAACAACGAAGAAAAAUACGCGAGCACAAAUGGACAAAAAACCCGCAAGAAGAGAUGCCCCUACUCCAAGUAUCAAAUAAGGGAACUGGAAAGAGAAUUUUUCUUUAGCGUUUACAUAAACAAAGAGAAGAGGCUACAGCUAUCCAGGAUGCUUAACCUCACCGACCGUCAAGUAAAAAUCUGGUUUCAAAACAGGAGAAUGAAGGAAAAAAAGUUGAACAGAGACCGUUUACAGUACUAUUCGGCAAACCCUUUGCUGUAAAGGUUGUGUGUGAGAGAGAUAGGGUGAACUUCAAGGUCGCGGCGCCUGCACAUUCCAGGAGCGGAUCUGAAGGUCCAAAACCUCAUUUCACCAUAUAUAGGCUAUGCAAUAUCGGCGAUAUUAUUAUUAUUAUUAUUAUUAUUAUUAUUAUUAUUAUUAUUAUUAUUAUUAUUAUUAUUAUUAUUAUUAUUAUUAUUAUUGCAUCGCCAUUCACUCAGCAGUGUCAGAUACAUUUUACAGGGUUUUAUCUUUUAUUGAUGUAUGGCUUUAUUUUCUGAUGAUCGUGUGUACUUUAUAUUUAUAAAUGUGAUAUGUAUACCUGUUCAAAACAAUGUAUGGGGAAAUUCGUUCUUUAGAAGGAAAUUCACUUAAAGGAAGGAUCAUUAAUUCGAUUGUCUUUAUAUUGACAUAAUUGUUUUUCUUUCUAUUUCUUUCUCUUUUUUGUCAUAGCAAAUGAAUUAGUUUGUAAGGAUCAUCUUCUACUUGAAUUGUGUCUUUUUUAUUGCUAGACUUUCAUCUAAGCCUUAAUGAGCUGAUAUAAUGAAUAAAAAAAGUUGUAGGAACUAUAAGAUUAUAUAAAGAACAACUUAAAAGCAAUAGCCAAGUCGACAAGGACACUGUUUAACAUGAUAUUAUCAUAUCAUAAAUAUCUUUGAAUUGUCAUACUGUAAUUUUUCCAACUUGUGAUACAUUGGACUAUGCAUUCAGAACUCGUAUAUAAAUCGAUUCGUGAAAAGAAA